AUGAACGCGGCCAUCAGUGCGGCAGUGUGGGUGGUAGGCAAGGCGCUGGCCCCAGUUUCGGAUGGAUUGCUGGAGAGCUGGGCGUCCAGUGACAGUCUCGGCCCCAACAUCAGCGCCCUCAAGAGGCAGCUGCUGCGCGCGCAGGGGAUACUCUACACCGCGCACGACAGAGAGUACACCACCAACCCUGCCCUCAAGGAGCUGCUGCACAUGUUGCGGCAGCUGGCGGACGGGGCCGACGACGUGCUUGAUGAGCUGGACUACUUCCGCAUCCAGGACAAGCUCGACAAUACCUACAAUGCCGCCGAUAGCCAUCCCAAGGGUUGCAUCCACAACCUUGGUCUCAAUGUGCGGCACACUGCUAGAGCCAUUGCUAAUAAAUUCAAGCUCUGCUCUAAGGCACCACCAGAAGAUGGCACUAUGCAAACAUACAAAUUGAAGUUUAACCAUGUGGAAAUGUCUAAACGGAUGGCACACAUUGUACAACAGCUGGAUCCCAUAUGUGCCAAGGUGAAGGAAAUCCUUGAUCUAGAGCUCCGCAAAUCUACCAAAGUUAGCAUUAUUGGAAACAGACCCAAAACCACCCCAGCAAUAAUAGAGCCAGAGUUAUUUGGGAGGGACGCAGAGAAAAAGGACAUUGUAGAUGGCAUUACCGUUGGAAAAUAUUGUGCCGAUGGACUCACAGUUCUCCAAAUUGUUGGCCCAGGGGGUAUUGGGAAGACGACUUUCACACAACAUGUCUAUCAAGAAGUGAAGAGCUCUUUUGAUGUUAUGAUUUGGGUCUGCAUAUCUCUGAAUUUUGAUGCAAAUAGGUUGGCACGAGAGAUUGUGAAAAACAUCCCUAAGGUUAAUGGUGAAACGGAAAAUGCUAUCGAUGAAGAGCUUAUUGAGCAAAGAAUAAAACAUAAGAGGUUCUUGCUGGUCUUGGAUGAUGUCCGGACAUAUCACGACGAUGAGUGGAAAAAACUAUUAGCUCCCUUCAAAAAAGGAGACGCAAGAGGUAAUAUAAUUAUUGUCACUACUCGAAUUUCAGAAACAACAACAGCGGGAAAAAUAGCUGAUCAUUCUAUAAACCUGGAUCGCUUAGGACCUGAAGAUUUUAUGCAUUUAUUUGAAGCAUAUGUAUUUGGUCACCAACAGUCAUGGAAAGACCAUCCUGAAUUGCUUAAUGUUGGAAGGGAAAUAGUGGUCCAUUUGAAGGGGUUCCCUCUUGCAGCAAAUACUGUAGGUAGAUUACUAAGAAACCAGCUUACAUUGGGCCACUGGACAAGAGUUCUGGAAAGCAAAGAAUGGGAGUUACAAAGCAGCGAAUAUGACAUUAUGCCAGCACUGAAGCUUAGCUAUGAUUAUCUGCCUUUCCAUCUACAACAGUGUUUUUUCUAUUGUGCUUUGUUUCCCGAAGAUUAUGAGUUUUGCAACGAAGAGUUGGUUCACUUAUGGAUAGGGCUCAAUAUUUUAGAUUCAUGUGAUCGAAGGAGAAGACUUGAAGAUGUUGGGCUAUGCUAUUUAAAUGACUUGGUUAAUCUUGGUUUUCUCAAGGAGAACAUGAAAAAAGAUGGCAGUCCUUAUUAUGUUGUGCAUGACCUACUACAUGAGUUGGCAGUGAAGGUUUCAUCAUCAGACUGUCUUAGCAUAUCUAGUUCUAAUGUGAGAUAUGUACAAUCUUCUCCAUCUAUACGUCACUUGUCUAUCAUUAUAGAUGCGAGAGAUGUCAAUGAUAGAAUGACCUUUGAGGAUUUUAAGAGGGACUUGAGUACAUUACCUGAAAAGUUGACAGUUGAAAAUCUACAAACUGUGAUGUUGUUCGGAAGAUUCCAUGGAAGCUUUGCAAAGACUUUUGGUGAUUUAUUUGCAGAAGCAAAAGCCCUUCGUGUUAUUCUUUUAUCUGAGGCAUAUUGUAGUUACAUUUUGGAGGAUGUGUUCCGCAGCCUUCCAAGAUUUAUCCAUCUUCGCUACCUAAGGAUAACUACAGGAACUAAGGGGAAAUUAAGUUUGAACAGCAACAUCUCAAGAUUUUAUCACCUGAGGGUCCUGGAUGUUCAAGAAUGCAAUGUCCACCUUGGUCUUCUCAAAGCAAUGAGCAACCUUGUAAAACUGCGCCAUUUUCUUGUCCAAGACGGUGGUUUUGAACUAGGGCAGAUAGGACAAUUGGUAGAACUUGUUGGGUUACUGAGAGUCCAUAACAUUGAGAAUGUUGAACGAAAGGAAGAAGUGAGUGCAGCAAAAUUGAUACAAAAAAUCCACUUAAAGAAGCUAAUAUUAGAGUGGGGUAUUUAUGGACAGAAUAAGGAUUUUGUGCAAGAACAAGUUCUUGAAAGUCUUAAACCUCAUAGCAAUCUGCACAUUAAAGGGCAUAGAGGUGCUAAUUGUCCGUCGUGGCUAGGUGGGAACCUCUCAGUAAUGAAUUUGGAAUCUCUUUCCCUGCAUGAUGUAGGUUGGAAUAUUCUUCCACCUCUAGGGGAGUUGUGGUCAGUUAGUGAACUUGGUGAAGAGUAUCAAAGUUCCAUCUCAAGUCAAAGAUUUCAAAAUCUUAAAAGGCUAGAAUUAGUUAAGAUACCAAGGUUGAGAAAAUGGGUUGAAAAUAGCACUUGCCAUUUCUUAUCUCAACUAGAAGUUCUCAUUGUUAAAGAUUGUUCUGAACUCGUGGAGCUGCCAUUUUCACGCCGUCAAUCAGAGCAAGAAGCAAAUAUGACUUGGUUUCCUAGAUUACGGGUUCUUGAUAUUGUAGACUGCCCAAAACUGUUGUCACUACCUCUUGUCCCUUGGACUACUGCUGCAUCCUCUGCCAUGAUAAAGCGGGUAGGAUCUAGUUUGGAAUGGCUGGAGUACUCAGAAAAUUACAGGUCAAAAUUAAGCUUGGGGGUUACGGGGAAGGAUGGGCAAGAUGGCAUGUUCUGGAAUAUGUUUGUAUUCGGUAAUCUAGCUGGUCUAAAAGAGCUGAAGAUUAAGAAUUGUCCCCCUCUGCCAUUGUAUCACCUCCAGAAGUUAACAUCUCUGAAGUCCCUUGAAAUAGAUUAUUCGAGUAAUAGCAAUGUCUUGUUGACAACUGACAAUGAGAGUGAUAUCAUAUACAAGUUACCAAUUGAACAACUCAGGGUUAUGUCUUGUGGUGCCCGUGAGAAAGAAUUGACGCAGUUGCUCUCUCAUUUUCAAGAUCUCAGCAAGUUGGAAAUAAUUGGUUGUGAAAAGGUAACAAGAGUUGGUGUGAUGCAGCAACAGCAGAUGACAAGACGAGAGGAGGGAAUUAGUGAUCGAGAAGGUGGAGUUUUGCUCUCAUCUCCCCAUCUGCAAGAAUUGGUGAUCGAUAAUUGCCCAGAGCUGAGCCUACUCGCGAGUUCACUCCAAGGCCUCCGGUCCCUCCACUCACUAGUGAUCAUGAAUUGCCCAGAGCUGAGCCUACUCGCCAGUUCUCUCCAAGGCCUAUGCUCCCUCCGGUCAUUUGGCAUACAUGGUUUCCCCAAGUCCUUCUCCUCUUACUUGUCCUCCCCUUCAUGCAUACGGCCUCUCCUCGCGCAUGGCUGCCUCACAGAAUUAUUCAUCUUUCACACCCACAAAUUUCCCCCCUUUUUCGAGCCCUCGCGGAUGCAUGACAAAGAGCCCAGAUCUUGCAAACUUCAGAAGCUAUUCACAGAUCACUUCACAAGCUUCCUUAAUGUGCCCAUCUACAGCCUCCUCUCCUCGUCCAUCACCAGCUUACUCGUUUCUGACAUUGGUAAGGUGAAGCGCUUUUCUAAGGAGCAAGAGGAUGCCCUUCAGAUCCUCACCUCCAUCCAAAACCUCGAGUUCAAUAAGUGCACCAAGCUACAGUGCCUCCCAGCAGGGCUACAUAGACUUUCCAGCCUCAAGAUGUUACGGAUUGCAUGUUGUCAUGCCUUGCAAUCGCUGCCCAAAGACGGCCUCCCAACUUCUCUGCAAGUUUUACAAAUCGAUUACUGCCCUGCUUUCAAAUUGCUGCCCAAUGACAGCCUCCCAAGUUCUCUGCAAUGUUUAAGCAUUGGCAGAUGUGAUUUCUUGGAAUCGCUGCCCAAGGAUAGCCUCCCAAGUUCACUGCAGGAAUUAUGGAUCAGGAAUUGUGAUGCCCUGAAAUUUCUGCCCAAGGAUGGCCUCCCAUGUUCGCUGAAAACAUUAGACAUCUCUAGCUGCCCUGCUCUGGAAUUGCUACCCAAGGAUGGCUUGCCAUGUUCUCUGGAAAAAUUGAAGAUCUAUGAUUGUCCUGCUCUGAAUUCAUUGCCCAGUGAUGGCCUCCCGGAUUCCCUGCUAGUGUUAGAUGUCCGUAGUUGCAAAAGCGAGGAGCUAAAGAGGCAGUGCCGCAAGUUUAAAGGAACCAUUCCAAUCGUGAUGGAUUAA